AUGAUGAAGACGAGAAAGAAGAAGUUUCCAAAAAGGAAGAAGAAGAGAAACACAAUAGAUCUUCCAGAGGAUUUGGUAGUGGAGAUACUUUCUAGGGUUCCGGAGGCUUCUCUUGCACCGUUCCGAUCCAUAUCCAAAGGAUGGAACGCUCUGAUAAAAAAAGAAGAGAGGCUUGCAAAGAAGUCUCGGAUUCUCAUGUUGAUUGAUUUUAGGGUUUAUUUAGCGAGCGUUGAUCUCCCUGGCAGUCACGAAAACGUUGUAAAGCUAACAACAAGUGAAUUCAGCCUCAAAGACCCUCUUUCUAAUUCAUCCAAAGAAGUUGAUAUACGCAACGUCUUUCACUGCGACGGUUUAUUGCUAUGCACCACCACGGACAAAAGACUUGUGGUUUGGAACCCACGUUCAGGGGAAACCAGUUGGGUCAAACCUAGAAUUUCACACGAGGAAUCCGACAUCUAUGCUCUCGGUAAAUCCUCGUGCAACAAGUACAAAAUCUUGAGGAUAAAUACAUUCCCUUAUAUACCCACAUGCCUAGUUGAGUACGAAGUCUAUGACUUUAACACAAAUUCGUGGAGGGUUACUGUUGGUGAGAAUAGAGGCUGGUACAUUCUAGCGGGAAGGCCGCUAUGUGGCAUGUCUGUGAGUGGAAAUACUUACUGGCUUGCUCAUGCAAGUAGUUUCGAUGAAUUCUUACUAAGUUUUGAUUUUUCAACCGAGAGAUUCGGACGUGUGUCUCUUCCUCCUGGUAAUUAUGUUUCCUAUCGUGUUUGGGGUUUAUCGGUGACAAGAGAAGAGCAACAACUUUGUCUGCUAACUACUCAGAGCACAGUGGUAUUCGAUAUAAUAGAUUUAUGGAGGGCAACGAAGAUUAAGAGUAGCGGAGCCGUGUCAUGGAGCAAGUUCCUAUCAGUGGAUUUAGCCUAUCUCCAUCAUCCUUUUGGCUUAGGUUAUGGGACUAAUUUCUUGGCCGACCGGGAGAAUAAAAUUUUAGUGUUACCCGGUAUACAUGGGAACUUAUACAUUGUGGGAGAAGACAAAUACAUAAAAGUGGAUAAUCAUGAUCAGCCGACGUCUGCUCGCUCACUUCUCUACAAUUAUGUCCCAACUUUGGCUCAAAUCCAAUAA